CUAAAAAUUCUACUAGGAUCCAAGCCGGCUCCUCUUCAGCUUCGCAAAUCGACCAGCUUGUCAGCAGUCAGCGCGUCAGCAAAAAUUGAUUUAUCGUCGUUCGUUGUAUCGGUGUGCUCGCGCAACGAACAGUGGCAAAAUUUGGCUGCGGAGAGGCACAUAUCAUGCGCUUCAUGGCCGCUCCAAAACCAGCUGCUGCGCGGGCUCGCGCGGGCGCGCGGACGACACGGCUCUGCCGUGACGCCGGCGCGCGCUGUUGCAGCUGCUCGAGCCGCCUGCAUGCCUAGAACGCUGCGCAGAGGGCCUCUGAGCGUUCUCGGUCGACACGGCUCGGCUCGGAUUUCCGCCAAAAACUGGUUCUGGCGGCGACGCCGCCGCGGUGACGCCGUCGCCGCGCCACGCCCCACCCAGAGAGCGCGCAGCCGCACGCGCGCCGCGGAGCGCCGCCCUCACCGUUUGUUUUUAUAGGUUACGAUGAAGCUCGUCCUCGCGCUCCUCGCCGCCCCGGCCGUCGCGUUCGUCGCGCCGGCGGCGCCGCGCGCCGGCACGGCCGUCGCGGCCGUGCAGGACAUGGAGGGCAUCACGAUGCCCAUUGGGCUCUUCGACCCGCUCGGCUUCUCGAACGGCGCCUCCGCCGAGGCGCUUCAGUGGUACCGCGAGGCCGAGCUCAAGCACGGCCGCGUCGCGAUGGCGGCCUUCGUCGGCUUCCUCGUGAACUACCAGGGCAUCACCUUCCCGGCCGACCUCACGAUGUCGGGCGAGAAGUUCUCGUCGCUCGGCACGGGCAACCCGCUGCUCGCCUGGGACAACAUCUCGGACAAGGGCAAGUGGUCGAUCCUCGGCUUCAUCGGCCUCCUCGAGGUCCUCGGCGAGGCGGAGAAGCCCCACUACAUGCGCGGCGGCAAGUCCGGCACGCACGACCUCGUCUGGUACUUCGGCUCGAAGUACCUGUCGGGCAAGACGGAGGAGCAGAAGCUGCGCAGCCGGACGGCCGAGAUCAACAACGGCCGCCUCGCGAUGAUCGGCAUCAUGGGUUUCAUCGCCGCGUCGACGGUGCCGGGCUCGGUCCCGUACUUCACGGAGGACCUCACGCAGUACUCCGGCUCGGUCUGGGCGCCGUUCUAAACGUCGCGCUCCCGUGUGUCCUUCCCCCAAAAAACGCGGCCGUGUGGUC